CCUUACACACCAUCUCUCCUUCCUGUAAUCACUGUAAAUGUGAGAUCGCUCCCUGAUAUGAUUGAGGAGCUAAUGACACUAACCCGGUCACAGUGGCAGUACCCCAACACUGCCCGGUACUCCCUCUGUGAGUAGGCUGCCCGGCUUCCAGCUGCUGCGGGCGGACAAGACGAGAGACAGCGGUGAGAGGAAAGGAGGGGGGCUGGGGGGGCAGUGUUUGUUAAAGACAGUUGUGGUAUCCCUGGGCACAUCGCUGUGAAAGAACAACUCUGCAACACAGACAUUGAGACAUUAGCCGUUAGCAUCCGUGGAGGCAGCCUGUGACUCUCUGUGGUCCGCAGACUGCAAACGCAAUCUCCGAGAGCUCUUCUUCUAAUAUCAGGGGACUUUAAUCAUGUCUCGCUGGACUCCACACUGCCCACCUUCACCCAGUAUGUGACCUGCCCCACCGUAGGCAAUAAAACAUUGUACUUAAUGUAUGCCAAUGAAAAAGUGGCAUACAGUUCAUCACCUCUCCCUGCCCAGGGAAGAUCUGAUCGUAACCUAGUCGUAACCUUGUCCCUGUGUGCAGCCCUUAGUGUGCACGGAGCCACUAAUCACCCACGCAGUGCAGAGAUGGUCCGUGGAGGGCAAAUAAAUAAAUAAUAAAAGCAAAUAAAUGACAGAAUUCUUUUUUUAAACAAGUGGAGACAUUAACUUUGAUCAAAAUCCUUUUGUGUUCAGUUUAAAUUAAUACCACUGUAUAAUAGCCUUCAAAAUUAAUAAUGUUAACAGUAUCUCAGGAAUAUUUUUGCCCUUUCAACAUGCAUUAUAAAAACAGAUAUGCAGUUUUGAAUAAGACCUGUAUGUACGUUUUCUGAAAAGUGAUGUAAAUAAAUAAUCUCAAAAACAUGAAAUAAUAGUUUCCCAUGUAAACUGGAGAUGUCCUUGUCAAUGUCAUCAGAGUACUCUGGAUGUCUUAAACGAAUUUGAAACAUAAAACCAGAGAGUGACACAUGACAUCCGAUACAUGAGCUGCCUCAUGUUGCUUCCAGGUGGGGAAAGAAUGAAAAGAUAAACCAUUUUCAACCUUAUUCCCUUGCCGGUCGUGCGAUCUAACUUUACAACCGACCGCACAGCAAGUACGAACCAUAGCUGGUGUUAUCCAUGUACUUUCGCUCCUCUUUCGCUAGCGCUUUGUUUGGCCCAGAAACAUGGCGCCUCAACCAAAAAUCCAGGCCACGCCCCCUCUCGUAACAUCACGCUCCAAAAGCCCUAUUAAGCUAAUCGUUGUGUCACUUCUGGUAUUUCAGACAAUCCCUUUCCGUCAAGGAUUUUUAAUUUGUUGUGGGAUUUUUUAAUUUGUUGUGAGUUUUUGUAAUUUGUUGUGGGGGUUUUUAAUUUGUUGCGGUUUUUUAAAUUUGUUGCAGGUUUUUAAUUUGUUGUGGUUUUUUAAUCUGUUGCAACUUGCACUUCCCAGCCACCGUAAGAAAAGGAGUCAGCGUCCAGAUGCAGUGCAAACUUUGUUUGACCUCUACAGUCAUUUCAGCUUACAAGACUUCGGCGUUUAAUCUAAAAAAACACAUUGAGAGGAAACACCCAUCGAAGAUUGAGCAGUACAAUAUCACUGUGGCAUCAACAUCUCGUCAGCGAAAGACCACAGCCACACCAAACAAGCUCUCAGCAAAUACACAAGCCAAGUUACCAGACCUGAUGUUGAGAGCUGCAAACAAACAUGUUCCACAAGCAACUGUUGACAAGCUUGUCAUCAAUUUCAUAUGUGAGGGUCUACAGCCAUUUGCAGUGGUAGAACAGCCAUCUUUCAAAGAAUUAGUUACCACAUUACAACCUCAAGCCAAAGUCAUCUCCAGACCCACUGUCCGUGCCAGAAUCUGUGAAGCUGCUGAUCACAUGAAGAUGACUUUGGUUGCAGGAUUGGAUAAAGUCAAAUUUGUUGCUACCACUACUGAUUGUUGGUCAGCUCAUCAGAAAAGUUACAGCAUGAAUGACACCUACAAGAGGCUCUCCCGUGCAACCUUUGCAAAAUGCCAGGCCAUUUGGAACAAAACUGGCCGGUCUCAUUUGGCUAAUGAAGUGGUAGAGGACAAUUGUUGUGUCUAAACUCAGACCCUGCUGUAUCCAGGACUUAUUCCCAUGAAAGAAAAACAAGGCAACAGCGAUUGAUUACUUGCGCAAGGGAGGCCUCCUUGGUAUCUUAGCUCAUCACGAAUGACCCCGACGAUGGCCUCCUCUCGCUGCCUUUUAUUGAGAGACAGUUCACACAAAACAAUAGUACCUCCCCUCAUAAACCCCCUUGGUUACAAAGACAAGGCACUGUAUGCAUAUGUGUGUGUGUGUGUGUGUGUGUGUGUGUGUGUGUGUGUGUGUGUGUGUGUGUGUGUGUGUGACCUCCUACUGGGCAGGAAGCUUACAUCAAAAAGACCUUCACAUGGAUGUUGCCUGUAAUAAAAGACUACAGCCCCCCACCCAGAACCUCGAGAAUCUGGGGAGGGGGACAGUGGAAUUCCUUUCAUCCUACAGUUAAACAAUGUAGAAAUGGAUGGUAAGCAUAAAAAUGACAAACAUUUAACAAUUCACUCUAACAACAAGUGUGAGCUACAGAUCAUUCGUCCCAAUGCAACACGGUGGAAUUCGACCUACCUUGCCAUUGAAAGGAUAAUACACAUCAUUGAUGAGAAGGGGGAAGAUGCCAUCAGGAGCAUUUGUGAGGAGUUCAAGGUGAAAAUGUUGAGUCCUGCAGAAGUUGCCUUCCUUAGGGAGUACUGUACCACCAUGAAGCCACUGGUGAAAACUUCAAACAUCCUUCAGUCUGAGUCCACUUCCUUUAUGGGAUGGCUCCUGCCAGUAAUCCAACAACUACUGUCCAAACUUAGCAGGCUGGAGACAUCAAGCAAGACGUGUGUCCCACUCAUCAGAGUCCUGCAAAAUGGCCUUCAAAAGCGUUUUGGACUGAUGAUAGAGGAUCCAGAGUUGGCUGCAGCUGCAGUCCUCUUACCCAAGUUCAAGACUUCCUGGACUGACAGAGCAGAUGUAAUAGAGGCUGCCUUGGCAUACAUUAAACAACAUCUUGAAACGACGGAGCAUGAGAGUGAGGAUCAGCAAAGAGAGUCAUCUGAUGAAGAUGAAUUCUUCUCCAGACCAAUCUCCAGAAGGCUGCAAAGUGCAGCUGAGCUUGAUGGUUAUCUUGCUUGUGCCACAGACACCAUGGAGCUGCUGCACUCCUUCUCAGCCAUCAAAAACCUCUCUCUUAAACUGAACACAACUCUACCUGCUUCUGCUGCGUGUGAACGACUUUUUAGCUGUGCUGGUUUACUCUUCACAGCCAAACGAAGUCGGAUAGCCUCUGUUAAUUUAGAAAACCAGCUCUUGCUGAAACUGAACAAAAGGUUCAGAAAGUAAAGUGUGACAGAAAUGCUAAGAGUUUAAGACACUUACCUGCCUGUUGUUCAGUGUAUGGGGAAAAGUUUAAACGGUUCUACGCAUGUUCAGAAACAUUUUUGUCAUUGUUUUAACAAACAAAAUUCCUUCUUUUAUAUCUACAUUUAUGUACAAAACAAGUUACCUUUCUAUACCUUGUUCAUCUGAAAAAUGUGCUUUGAACAUAAAUAUUUAUACUGGUGAAUCGAGUUGAAUGCCUGCUAUUGACGACAGAAUAAAACAUCAGUCUGUUAAAAAGUAA